GCAUGUUGACGAAUGAAGAAAUCUUAUGAUCGAACCGUUUGAACGCCGGUACAAAACUUAUUAUGAUCAAGGAAAGUGGUUAUAACGAUAGAUAAGUUUUUUGUUACUUAAAUACUAUUUUCAAUUUUUAUCUUUGCAACGUGCCAUACAUCAUACAUGGAUGACAAGAGAAAUAAUGUCUAUAGAAAACGUUGGUAUAUGAAGAGUAAAGGAACCAAGCAAACUAGAACUAUAACAAAUACAAAUGAAACAUCAGGAAAGCGGUUAAAAAGUCCUUCCCGGGAUAAUGCGUCUUUACAUAUUCAUGAAAAUACAAAUAUUCCUUACUAUGGAUGGACAUUAUACUUUGACGAGCAAGAAUAUAAAAACUCUUCCGACAUUGUAAGAAAAGUUAAAGCCGUCGAACGGUUCAUGAAAAAUUAUUCAGAUAUAUCAUCAUUUCUUACGUUAGCCAAUUUAGAGGCUGGAAUGAGUUUCAACAUUGACCUUUAACAAUUUGUUAACGACGAUACGUUUCUAAAUGAAUGGAGUAACUUUAAAAGUGAUAUACAAGAGAAACCGAUAUUUAAUAAUUGCAUCAAACUUGCAAUUCAUCAGAAUAUUUUAAAUACCGUGCCAAAGGAAAAUCUAAAAAGUAUUUUGAAUUCAAUAAUCUAUUGCCCUGCGGUCAAAAUAAAAAUAUUGAAUUAUGGACAAACUGUUUGUUUACGGAUAUUAAAGAAAAUUAAUAAUACAAGGGGAUGCGUUGUAAGAGUGGGACGAACAAAGCAGCUUGCCCAAUGGUUUGUAUUUGUAUGCUCAAAAUGUGGUUUAGAAAAGAUAGAAAAAACAGUCGGAGGGAUUUAUACCGUGCCUAAGAAAUGUACCGUUUGUGGUGUGACAACCGUUUCAACCUAUAUUGAAUUCACCUUAUGUUAGAACUAUUUCUUUCAAAUGAUUAGAACAGAGAUAUUAAAUAACGAACAGGAAACUAAAGGUAGAAUGCCUAGAAUACUGGAUGUAAAAAUUUUGGAUGAUUUAGUAGAUACUUGUAUGCCAGGAGAUGAUUUAAUGCUUACAGGGAUCGUUAAAGUUCAAGGAAUUGAUGAUAAUACGUUUAAAGGGCAUGCUGCAGCUUCGAGGUAUAUGAGAACUGGAUUGUUGUUAAGCUUGUUUGGCGAUAUGCAAAACAUAGGGUUACGUGAUCAUAUACAUGUCCUUAUAGUGGGAGAUCCUGGCUUGGGAAAAUCUCAAUUGUUACAGGCAUGUUCCCGUGUAUCCGCCAAAGGCGUGUAUAUUUGUGGCAAUUCAAGUACCUCUUCAGGAUUAACCGUUACCUUGACAAAAGAAAAUGGGACAAAUGACUUUGCAUUAGAACCUGGUGCUUUAGUGUUAGCAGAUGGUGGUUGUUGUUGCAUUGAUGAAUUUGAUAAAAUGUCUGUGCAACAUCAGGUAUAUAAAUGCUCUAUUGGAGUCUAUGAACAGCAAAGUGUCAGUGUUGCUAAAUCCGGGAUACUGUGUUCCCUUCCAUCAAGAACAUCGGUUCUCGCAGCUGCGAAUCACAUUGGUGGCAGAUACGACAGAAGCAAGACAAUUUUACAAAAUUUAAACAUAAGUCAACCUCUUCUUUCAAGAUUUGAUUUAAUCUUUUUACUCCUGGAUGAUCCAGAUAAACAACGCGAUCAUUUAUAUGUAAACAUAUCAUGUCAUCCCAUAUUGUUAAAAAUGACAAGACAGAGAAGAGGUCCAAGCAACGAUAAAUCAAUGCAGUCAAUGUCAAAAGACGAUUCUUUAAGAGAAAAAUUAAUGUUUUCAUUAACACAAUCUAAAGAUAUCAUACCACAGUUUAUAUUGAAAAAAUAUAUCCUAUAUGCCCGUCAAUAUGUUUAUCCAAAACUAACUGUUAAGGCGGCAGAAGUAUUGCAAAAGUAUUACCUGGAACUCAGAUCAAGGAAUGUAGAAUUUGGCGGUAUACCGAUAUACAAUAGGCAGCUAGAAGCAAUGAUUAGAUUAACCGAGGCCAGAGCAAAGUUGGAAUUGCGUGUUGAGGCUACAGAGUUGGAUGCUCUGGAAGUAGUAAAAAUAUUAGAGUACGCAAUGAUGAACAUGUAUGAAAAUUCAACGUUGAAAUUACAACAUAGAAACAAACCUACAGAGGGAAAAGUAAAAAUAUUUAUGAGGUUACUAGAAGAUGAAAUCAAAUCAAAUGGAGAAAAAUUUUUUUCAUUAUCGCAGCUGAACGAAAUAGCAAUAAAUGGAGGUAUUAAUGUACAAGAUUUCACUCGGUUUUUAUCAAAAUUGAAUGAGCAAGGUGUUUUACUACAAAUCGAUAGAAAUGUUUAUAAAUUCGUUAACAUUUAAUGGCCUUUUAUAAAUGAUCAAUGUUACAAAGAUUAUGUUAAAAAGAAAAUAUACGUCAUUUUUAUUAAUAA